GGUAAGGUAUAAAUGUGAUGUUUUAUGUCAAUGUCGAACAUAUUGUUGAUUUUAUGCAUGAGUACACCAGGGUUUGGGAUACCAAAUUAAGUUUAGAUAAUAGAGUUCAUUCUCUCUAGGUAUUUUGCCAAUUUAUUGUGCAGAAUUAUACUUGUAGUUUCGCUGUAUACACAUAUUAUUUUUCCUUAUGGUAUAAAUGAGUGCUAGUAAACUUAGAAAGUUUAUUGGGAAACCUAUUUUGGCACCUGGACCACAAGCACUUAAAUUCCAACCAGUUUUGUUAACUAGCAGUAAAGGGUAUUCCUUGAAGCACCAUUUUGAUAUUAUUGAGGAUUUAGGCUAUCAAAUUGAAUUUCAUUGUAGAGCAGGAGCUCGAUUUGAUCAGACUUAUUUUUGGCUUACAAAACAUCUGUCUGAAAUUAUUAAAAAGAAUGGUCCUAUUGUAUUGUACAUUUGGCUAGGUACUUGUGAUAUCACUACAAAGAGUGGUCCUUUUAUUAAUUUAAGUCACAAUACUGAUGAGGAGUGUUUUGGUUAUUUGAAAUGUUAUAUUGACAAAUUUGUGUCUUAUGUUUCAAAAUUUGCGUCUGUAAAACUAAUAUUUUUGGAAAUUCCACCUUAUUCCAUCCAAGUUUGGAACUCCUACAAAGGCCAUGUGAAUCCUGAGUCAUUUGCGAAACAAGAUAUUAUCUUGGAUAACAGGAUUGAGAGUUUGAACAAUUAUAUUCGAGAAGUUAAUUCCAAGUCCGGUGUAAACUCGCUUAAUUUUAGGUGUGAUUUGCUCCAGUAUAAACGAGCAGGUCGCAAACCUAUUAUCAACUUCUCUCUGUACAAAGAUGGCAUACAUCCAAGUCCUGUGUUAGCUAGAUGUUGGAUGAAGCGACUAGUCACUAAAGCAUUGCAUGAUUGUUGUUAGGAAUUAUAUUUGUAGUAUAGCUGCAGGUGGACCAUUUUUAAGUCCAGUGAAUACACUUGUAGGUAGGGGGCUCCCCAACCACGGUGAUUUAUUGGAUUCCUGCAAGCUUAGUCUAUAUUUGACUGAGGAAUACUAUUGGUGUUAAUAGUGUAUUAAUAUCUUGAAUUAGUGACUGUUGCUUUAUAUAUAUUGUCUUACAAAUGAAAACAGAGAGUUGGUGUUAUAGAUCAUUUAUAUUUUAGAUACUAGCUUACAAAUUGAUAACCUCUUUAAGAUAUGGCAUCCGGUGGAGCACCUGCUAAAGAGCAGGUAGAAGAUCAGGUUAAGGAAGAGGGGGAAUCGGGGUCGGAGAGUAAGCUCAAUAUGAGUGAGGACCAGCUGAUUGAGGCUUUGGGUAAGCUAGGGAAAUACAGGAUAAUUCCUGUAAAUGAGGAGGAGGAACCUCCGGUUCCCAGGGCUGAAAGCACUCCCAAGCGAUCAUUGAGAUUUGUGGGAACUAGCCAGUCUUAUCCACCCGAUGACCCUAGCCAUAAUGUAACAAACGUAUACAGCAACCCACACCAUAUCCCUAAGGUGCCCCAGUUUUCCGGGGAGGAGCCACCUUUAAAAGGGGAUGUGUCUUAUGCUGAGUGGCGGUUUGAGAUAAGAUGCUUGGGUGAAGAUCCUGAGAUUUCAAACAGUACCCUGGUGCAGGCUAUGAGGAGGUCACUCCGUGGCAUUGCAAGGAGAAUGCUAAUCCCUCUAGGGGACAAGGCUACAUCAAGGGAAAUCUUAUACAAGCUUGAUUCUUUGUUUGGGGACAUUUCUACACAUGGAAUGUUAAUGCAGGAAUUUUUCAAUUCUUCGCAGAAACCAAAUGAAUCCGCCACCGCAUUUGGCUGUAGACUAGAGUCGUUGCUACAACCAGCAUUGGAAAAUGGCUCUCUCCAUAAGUCGUCAAAAAAUGACCUGAUGCGACACAAGUUCUGGACAUCCCUUAGUUCUGACAAACUAAAGAGUCAGACUCGUCAUAAAUAUGACACCUUGACAGGCUACAGUGAGCUAUUAAGGGAAAUCCGGGUGGUAGAGAAGGAGUUAAGUUUAACUUUCUCUACUGGUACAGCUACAGGGGCUAGUCAAACGAAAAAGGGACACCAGCAUGUAGUUAAUGCUGAAUCUGAGCAACAGGUUGCAGCUGUAGGGGACAUAGAAAAAAAAUUUGACCAGAAGUUAAAAAGCCUAGAGGAAAAACUUAGUUCUCAGAUAGAGGGUAAGUUUGAUAAAAUCUUGGACAAACUUGGUAAUCGAUCCUCGGGUAACAGUCAGAGGUCGGGUCAAGAUAGUCAGAGGUCAGGUCAAAACAACAAAGGUCGGGGCCGAGGUGGAUAUAAUAGGUCCCGGGGAAAUUGGCACAACAAUAAGGAUAAGGCCAAGGAUGUGAGGAACUCCCCAAACGAGUAGCAGUCUCUGCUAGCGGCCAA